GUGGGACUUUAUGUAAACCCAACAUGGCGGCCCUGUGUGCCAGAACACUGGGUAAGGUCGGCUGGUCCCUUCUGGAGUCUCCGGGGGUCCGCAGGCCCGGCACCGUGUCCUCGCUGGUGGGGAACCUGAGCUCAUAUGGGUCCCGGAGGUCGUUCGGUUCCGGCGGCUCCGGCGGCUCCGGGGUCCGGUCCAAGCUGCUCUCCCUGCGGGGAGCAGGAGGCAGAGCGCUGGGCUGCGCCUUCCUGCUCGGUGGAGGUCUGGGUCUGUACCAGUCUGUGAAGAUGUCUGUCCAGCAGCACCUGGCCCAGGAGGACACCAAGGCUCCAGGCGGACGUCUGAACUUGACCCUGUACCAGUACAAGACGUGUCCGUUCUGCAGCAAGGUGCGAGCGUUCCUCGACUUCUACGGGCUGCCGUACGAGAUCGUGGAGGUGAACCCGGUGAUGAGGAAGGAGCUCAAGUGGUCCACCUACCGGAAGGUGCCCAUCCUGAUGGUGCAGGAUGACGUGCAACUGAACGACUCAACCGUCAUCAUUAGCGCCAUCAGGACGUAUUUAAUCAACCAGGAGAAAAGUAUGUCCGACAUCCUCGGCUGUUACCCGGAGUUGAAGUCGGUGAACGACCGCGGGAAGGAGGUGACGGAGUUUCUCAACAAGUACUGGCUGAUGCUGAGCGAAGCCGACUCCACCGACAUUUACCCUGAGAAGGGGAUGCAGAAAGAGGAGAUGAAGUGGCGCCAGUGGGCUGAUGAUUGGCUCGUGCACCUCAUAUCUCCGAAUGUGUACCGAACCAGCGGCGAGGCCCUGUCCGCCUUCGACUACAUCGUGCGCGAGGGCAAGUUUGGUAAUUUUGAAGGUUUCUUCGCCAAAUAUGUCGGAGCUGCGGCCAUGUUCCUGAUCUCCAAAAGGCUGAAGAGUCGAUACAACCUGCAGGACGACGUCAGGCAGGAUCUGUACAAGGCCGUCAACGACUGGGUGGCGGCCAUCGGCAAGAAGAGGAAGUUCAUGGGUGGAGAUCAUCCUAACCUGGCCGACCUGGCGGUGUUUGGCGUCCUCCGAGUGAUGGAGGGCCUGCAGGCGUUCGACGACAUGAUGGAGAACACCAAAGUCAAACUCUGGUACAGACGCAUGGAGAGAGCGACGCUCGACCACGAAGGUCGAAUCUGAAGCUGAGACACUGAGACGGCUUCCAGCCACUUUCAAAAGAUCAAAACGAACGUUAAACCUCCGGGAAGAGAAGUGACCGGCGUCCGGGAAGCAGCACGUCCUGCUUCCACGGUGUGAGAGCGGUCGCUGCCGCCAUUUUCAAUUUCCUGCUCGACACGCGCGAAUUUAAACCUGAUGAUUUGUAAGAACGAGUAGAUAAAGACAUCACACCUGAGAAAAUUGUGUCAUCACAUAUUUAAUUUAACCUUAAGUGACCAAGCUGCUCUUUGGCAGAACCAUUCUUCAUUUCAGGACAUCUGUGACUUUUACUGAGCUCUAGUGGUGAACGGUUGGAACUGCAAUAACAUUAGGAAAACUCACUGUUCCUUUUUCUGCAAUUUUAAGGCACUUAACCAACACAAUGAAGUCAGAUUACAAGUGAAGGAGUUAAUAAACAUAUUUCUGAUGAAGCAACUCUGUGAAUUUCCUGCAAAAAUGUUUAAGGAGAAGAGAAAAUCUGACAUCUGUGCACAUCUGGGAAAUUAUUUUACAUGUUUCCAGGCCUUGAUUGGUUUCUGAUGGAAUCUAUUUGGUCCUGAUGGCCCUUGUUUUUCAGCCAGUCCAAAUCCAUUUUCAUUUCUCCAGAUUUUCCUCGUCAUAAAUACUAAGCUGUCAAACUCUUCUGAAAGUCUCAAAGGACCAGAGUUGAAAAGAGAAACUGUUUGUCCACAUUAAGAGAAGCUCAGUCUGAGGAAACGUUUUAAAACGACGUUUAGAAAUUUUAUGUUCAGUUCAAGCUCUAUUAUUUUAAUUGUAAAACUGAUUAAUCCGAUUUUUCUCUUGAUUCAGUAGUUUUGUCAUCCAGGAGAUCAGGUCGUCUCUCUGUAUUUAUUUCAGAUGAUUUCUUUAGUCUGUGUAACUGAUAGAGGAUCAGUCUGGUGGUGAGGAACCAAUAAGCUGAGCUGCCAGUUUGAAUGUCUUCACUUCACGUCUGAUUUUACUAUUAAGACCAACUCGGUGUGCAUAGCUGUAAAAAGGUACAAUAAUAAAAAAGGAAAACUGGG